CCGAGAACUAAGGGUGACAUCUACGUUCGCCUCCUUGAAUUUUGCCUUAAGAAGAUGCCGUAGUCAAUUUGUUAAUCUGUAUCUCAGUCGCAGAAUGUUAAGAAUUCUUCGUGGUUCUUUUGGCCCUGGCUGCCAGGCAUGCCUAAAGAAUCACAUGAAGGCGUGCGCGGAUGCACAGAAAACACUGGCCCACAAGAGGGCGCUACUUACCUACACUGGUUUGGCGGGGAAGAACUCUGCGCUACACUUUACACAGAACCACCAGCCCUCAGGGUAUAGGCAAACCACUUCAUCCUUGGGGUACACUAGGAGUGUUCUGUUAAAGAGCACACUACUAUCAGUUGGGGGUGUUAGACAUGUGAAUACCAAACAACAGUACAAAAUACCAAAGGUGCUGAAGAUUGGCCAAUCCACAGUGGCAAUGGGACGCGGGCUGAUAACACUUGUAUUGGGAACUGCCACCACACUCAUAAUAGUGAAGACAUAUGUAUUAUGGAAAGACAAGGUACCAGAUAUGGGCUGGGUAAAACCUACCAUGGAGAAGUGGAAAAGCAACACGGUGAAGUCUCUGAGGACGGCUUCGGAGAUUACUUCAAGGACGUUGGCCACCAUGUCUAACGAUGCUGCCAGUCUAAUGGUCACCGUAAAGAAUAAUUUGCCAGGGUUGUCAUCUCUGAGGGAUGCUUUAGAAAAUAUGUCAGACAAGGGAGAAAUAGGGAAGAAGCAACAUUUAACAACCUCAGGCAAAGAUUUAACCUUAGACACUCCAGGAUCAAUUUCUGUAUUUAAUGCUAUGGCAACUCCAACAGAUUACGACAAAGCUGCUGAAAAACCAAAGACAGAGAAACAGAGGCUGGAGGCAGCCCAGGAAGAGAUGAUGCAGGUUCAGCUGAGGUACCAGAAGGAGGUGGAGAGAUUGGAGAAAGAAAACAGGGAGCUGAAGAAACAGCUAUUGCUACUGAAAUCACAGAAGACGGGCAAAAAGAGGACCAUGAAGAUAGUGGUGGUUGGAGACCAGAGUUCAGGGAAGACCAGUGUUCUUGAAAUGAUAGCUCAGGCCAGGAUAUUCCCCAGAGGUUCUGGAGAAAUGAUGACCAGGUCUCCAGUGAAAGUGACCCUCAGUGAAGGACCCUACCACGUGGCACAGUUCAAAGACAGCUCCAGGGAGUUUGACCUGUCCAAGGAAGCCGACUUGGCAGCCCUACGCAAAGAAGUUGAGAUCCGUAUGAAAGCUAGUGUACCAGAUGGCCAGACAGUCAGCAGUGAUGUUAUAUCAAUGACAGUGAAGGGACCAGGGCUACAAAGAAUGGUACUGGUGGAUCUGCCUGGCAUAAUAAGUACGGUUACCACAAAUAUGGCUUCUGAUACAAGAGAUUCCAUUAAAACUAUUUGCAAGAACUACAUGGAGAACCCCAACUCCAUCAUACUGUGCAUACAGGAUGGCUCCCUGGAUGCAGAGAGAAGUAACGUGACUGACCUGGUCAGUUCCAUGGACCCUCAGGGCAAGAGGACGAUAUUUGUACUGACCAAGGUGGACCUGGCUGAAACCAAUUUACUGAAUCCUGAGAGGAUCAAGCAGAUACUGGAAGGAAAGUUGUUUCCGAUGAAGGCUCUGGGAUAUUUCGCUGUGGUAACUGGAAAAGUUUUUUNGCUGGAUGAACUGUCAGGCUUUGAUUCCAGUUACAACACACAGGAUCAUCUUCCAAGGAUAGUGGUGGUUGGAGACCAGAGUUCAGGGAAGACCAGUGUUCUUGAAAUGAUAGCUCAGGCCAGGAUAUUCCCCAGAGGUUCUGGAGAAAUGAUGACCAGGUCUCCAGUGAAAGUGACCCUCAGUGAAGGACCCUACCACGUGGCACAGUUCAAAGACAGCUCCAGGGAGUUUGACCUGUCCAAGGAAGCCGAUUUGGCAGCCCUACGCAAAGAAGUUGAGAUCCGUAUGAAAGCUAGCGUACCAGAUGGACAGACAGUCAGCAGUGAUGUUAUAUCAAUGACAGUCAAGGGACCAGGGCUACAAAGAAUGGUACUGGUGGAUCUGCCUGGCAUUAUAAGUACGGUUACCACAAAUAUGGCCUCUGAUACAAGAGAUUCCAUCAAAACUAUUUGCAAGAACUACAUGGAGAACCCCAACUCCAUCAUACUGUGCAUACAGGAUGGCUCCCUGGAUGCAGAGAGAAGUAACGUGACUGACCUGGUCAGUUCCAUGGAUCCCCAGGGCAAGAGGACGAUAUUUGUACUGACCAAGGUGGACUUGGCCGAAACCAAUUUACUGAAUCCUGAGAGGAUUAAGCAGAUACUGGAAGGAAAGUUGUUUCCGAUGAAGGCUCUGGGAUAUUUUGCUGUGGUAACUGGAAAAGGAAAUGCUAAUGACAGCAUCCAGAUUAUCAAAGAAUAUGAAGAAAACUUCUUCAGAAAUUCAAAACUUUUUAGGGACGGAGUUUUGAAACCCACACAGAUGACCACCCAUAACAUGAGUUUCGCUGUGUCCGAGUGUUUUUGGAAGAUGGUGAAAAACACAGUAGAGAACCAGGCAGACGCUUAUAAAGCAACGAGGUUCAACUUAGAGACGGAGUGGAAGAACACCUUCCCCAAAAUGAGAGAACUGGACAGGGAGGAACUGUUUGAAAAGGCCAGAGGAGAAAUUUUAGAUGAAGUUAUAAAUCUAAGUCAAGUUACCCCCAAGCACUGGGAGGAGUCAUUCCAGAAAAAGCUCUGGGAGAAGACUGCCACCUAUGUAUUUGAGAAUAUCUACUUACCUGCAACUCAGGCUCCCAGUGUUGGCACAUUCAAUACAAUGGUGGACAUCAGGCUGAAGCAGUGGGCUGAGAAGAUGCUGCCAAAGUGCUGUGUAGAGGUUGGCUGGGAUACUCUAAAACAGGAAUUCUCCAGGUUUGUGGAAGAAGACCAGAAAAGCAAAGAUCAUGAUCCGAUUUUUGACAACCUUAAGGCAAGCGUCAUCAAUGAAAGUUUGGAGAAACACGAGUGGGACUCAAAGGCAGAAGAAAGUUUGCGAGUUAUCCAGCUGAACGCAUUAGAAGACCGUUCUGUUCAUGACAAGACACAGUGGGAUGCUGCCAUUCAGUUCAUGGAGGAGGCCCUGAAGGAGAAGUUACAGCAAACUGAAGAAGUUUUAAAGAAGAUGACAGGCCCAGGAGGAAGGGAACAGUGGCUCUACUGGAAGUACAGGACACAAGAACAGAAGAACAGAGCCGACACUAAAGGAGAGUUAGAAAAGAUGUUAAACUCUGAAAAGAAGCAUGGCCCCCAGCUACAGCAGGAUGAACUCACCACAGCAAGGAAAAACCUGCAGGCCAAGGGAGUGGAUGUAGACAACACUUUUAUUGAAGAGACUUGGCAUCAUGUGUACAGACAUCACUUCUUGAAGGAUGCCAUCAGCAAAACACAGGAGUGCAAGAAGGGGUUCUAUUAUUAUCAGAAAGGGUUCUCAGAUGCAGGGCUGGAAUGUCAUGAUGUUGUGCUGUUUUGGAGGAUACAGAAGAUGCUGCAGAUCACAAGUAAUGCCCUCAGACAACAAGUGAUGAAUAAUGAAGCUAGAAGACUAGAGAGGAACAUCAAAGAUGAGCUGGAGGAAUACAGCGAUGACAAACCUAAACUAUCAAAACUGCUUACAGGGCGUAGGGUAACUCUGGCAGAGGAACUAAAGCAAGUUAGACAAAUACAAGAGAAAUUAGAAGAAUUCAUAGAAGCGCUAAACAAGGAAAAAUAGAGACAAGGUAGUUUUGCAUCAACAGUGCCACCUUACUACACUUAAAAAUGUGAGGGAGAAAAGAGAAAAAAAAAACAAUAAUAUUUGAAUAUUAACAUGGAAUUUACAAACAUUUUUUUUUUCCAAAAUGAAGGUUGGCACAGCUAGGAUAGCAUGUCUAAAGGUGGAGAACAGUGCCUGGAACUGCUUGUAUGUGGCAUUUGGAAUUGUGGAUUACUUUGCUGCUGCUUGUAUCACAUAAUAUGAUAUGCGUGAAAUUUGUGUAACUGAAAUAUUUUUGUGUAUGCAGUCUGUAUAAAAUUAAAUUUUCAUUCAUUAUUUCAGUGCAAUUUCCAAAAUUAAUUUCAGACAAGAAACCUUUUCAUUGAAGUUUGCCAACUUAUUUUCUGGACUGCAAAAUGGCUUUGUCGAGAUUUACUGAUUUUAUUAAUUCUUCUUUUGAGUGUAGAAGGACAUGUAAACAGUUUGACUUGCUUGGGAUAAAAAGAUAACUGACUGUCUAUAUGCCAUGAUGUAACUUUCUUCUGAAAAAAUAAGGGUAUACAUUUUUAUUUUUCAUAAUUUUUAUUAUAGUUGCCUUACCCAAG